CUUUAAGUUCGCGGAGUUAAAUUUCUUUUGAUAAACAUCUUGUCGAUUAUUUAAAUUAAAACCAUCGAACAAUUGAUGAAAGAGAUUGGAGAUUAUUUUUACCUAUUAAAAUUCAUUUGGUAUGGAGAUUAUUUGAGUGAAAUGAGUAAGAAAAGAGCAGCUGGGAAUUUUAUACACAACAUGUUAUUAAAAGCUAUUUUAACAUAAUUUUCAACAUUCAUUUCAAAAGGGUUUGGAAUAACACUUUAAAAAUAACAUAAACGGAAAUUUGUAUUUUCUGCCAGAGAUAAUGCAAAAGGAAAAUAUUUACCUAGUGUGGAAUAUUCUAAUAAUUUUUUCAUUAUUGGAAACUUUAAAAGCAGACGCAAAAUGUGAGUUAAAUAUCAAUGACUGUAAUUACAAACUGACCCUGUUGCCAAGCAACAACUGCUGGAAUAGCACAGUUGUAAGGUCAAGGCCAAAAAGGUCAGAGGAGAAUGGUCAGGAAAUAAGUGAUAUCGCAGACAAGCUGGAAACAUUACAAUCAGAAUUUUCGAAAAUGCAACAUAAAUUGGUAAAGGAAAUGAAUCAUCUUUCAAAACGUGUCCUGCGUGGCGCACGUCGAGUUGAACUGCUUGCAGAAGAUGCCAUGCCUAAAGGUCAAGGAAAGAAGAAAAGCAAAUGCCCACAAGGAUUUGAGAGUUUCGAUGAUUGGAAUGAUUGUUAUUUAUUUUCGACAUUCAAUACGACGUGGUACGAUGCUAGGGACUAUUGUCAAGCCAUGGACAGUGACUUAGUCGGUCUUCAAACAAGAAAGGAACAAUUUCUUGUCGCGUUUAAAAUCCUGAACCAUCCUGAAUAUCGGGAUGCCAAAAGCUGGUGGACAAGUGGUACAUACGUCCCGAGUAUUAAAAAAUGGAUGUGGAUGAACACGAUAAAUAUGUUGCCAUUCGAUUACACAAAAUGGGCCGUAAACGAGCCUAAUGAUCAUUUAAACAAGAACUUACAGUGUGUAAUGAUGUAUAAACUGGAUGAUUUACUCUGGCACGAUCAAAUAUGUACGGACAAAUAUAACUUUAUAUGUGAAAAACCUGCCACAUAGAAUAAUCUGAGCAGGACUUUAAGUUUUUUUAAAAGAACAAAAUUGCCGCAAAGAAUAGUCUGUGCAGGACUUUUAAGUUUUUUUAAUUGAAUUGAUAAUUCAUAUUCAAUCCCAAAUAUUCAACAUAUAAACUUACAGCAAUCCAACUUAUUCAUUAUUAUUGAAAAUACAUAGCUGGUAUAAUUUACUCCCAAGUAAUAAAACUUACUUAUUAUCCCAAAUAAAACAUUAUUCAUAGGUGGUAAAAUUUACUCCCCCAGUUUAGUUAAACAUUAAUUCCUUUACAAAAUGACACGAGUCAUGAUGUAAUGUUAUUAACAGUGAUAUCAACUGGUGACA